AUGAAUACUGAUAUGGAUCCACUGGUUGCGGAAGAUUCACAGGGAAAAGAUUGUAUCCCACUGAAUUCUGCUAAUACCCAGGUAGCGGCUACUCAAUCUGCAGUUAUGCCAGCCCCGCAGCCAAUGGGUCCGUCGAACACUGUAACGCAUUGCCCUCAUUGUCAAGCCACCGUAAAAACGUCUAUCAAACGUACUGCCACUACACGCACUCAUUUGACAGCGCUGCUGUGUUGUGUUUUAUGUUGUUGCUGUUGUAUUCCAUACUGCAUGGACUCCACGAGGAACACCGACCAUUAUUGUCCCAAUUGUGACAGAUUUUUGGGCACUUAUCAAAAG